AUGUCUGAGGACAUCAACCUAAUGAGAUAUUUCAUAAGUGGAGCAUUUGGUGGUGUGUGUUCAGUAAUAGUUGGUCAUCCCUUUGACACAAUUAAAGUGAGACUGCAAAUUAUGCCCAAAGUCCGACCCGGAGAGCAACCACUUUACACCGGAUCUGUGGACUGUGUGAAGAAAACAGUAGCGACAGAAGGAAUUCGAGGACUUUUUAAAGGUAUGGGAGCGCGAAUCGGGGUAGUAGUACCAAUAUUCGCAAUACGAUUUUUUUCAUUUGGCUUCGCCAAAAAGGCGAUGGCAGGAUCGACGGAUCAUGAACUGACGCCACUUCAGCUAUUUGCGGCAGGAGCCUUCGCUGGAACAUUCACUACAAUUGCAAUGGCCCCGGGAGAGAGGAUUAAAUGCUUGCUUCAAACGCAGGGAAUGAGAAAAGGUCCUCCGAAAUACAGCGGCCCGUCUGACGUUGUGAAGAAACUGUACAAAAGCGGUGGCAUACGGAGCGUGUACAAAGGGGCCGGUGCAACGUUGUUGCGCGACACCCCGGCAACGGGUAUGUUCCUCAUGACGUACGAGUGGCUGAAGAGGACGACCUCUCCCCAAAAUGACCUGGACACCCCUAGAGGAAUGGAGUUCACUAGUACCUUGGUGGCCGGAGGACUGGCCGGCUUUGGGUACUGGUUCGUGGCACUUCCCGCAGACGUCGUUAAGAGCAGAGUGCAAUCCUCCGACAUGGGGUUGUAUUCCAAGGGUGUGAGGGAUGCAUUGCCCGAGAUACUGAGGGAGGAAGGUGUCCGUGGUUUGUAUAAGGGGCUAACCGUCGUUUUAUUAAGGGCUUUCCCUGCCAAUGCCGCUUGCUUCAUAGGUUAUGAAUGUAUAAUGAAAGCGCCGAAAGUACUGGUUCCAGAGGUAUGA